AUGAAGGCCACGAUAGCGGACCCGGUGCCGUUGACAUUCCGGGAGGCUACGUCGGGAGUCCUAGGCUCAAUAUCUCUGGCCUGCUGGCUAUUUCUUCUGGUUCCUCAACUCAUAGAAAACUACAGAUGUGGAAGCGCAGAGGCCAUAUCGUUUGUAUUUCUACUUAUCUGGUUUCUGGGCGACUUGACCAACCUGGGUGGUGCGCUUUGGGCCCAGCUGGUUCCAACCGUUAUCGCGAUCGCUGUCUACUUCUGCAUCGCGGACGGCAUCCUCAUUAGCCAGUAUCUCUACUACAACUUCAAGAAUGCCCGGAGAGCAGACAGAUACCGCCGCCGUACGUCCAGCAGUGUGUCUGAUACGCCAGAUCCGUUGACGCCGCUACUGAGCCGGCGAAUGAGUGAAAACAUGGGUCUUCCUGGGUCGCGACGAAGGUCCUCAGCCUCGCUGCGGCGAAUCAGCAGCCACCGCUCUGCAGUGCAACGGACGGACUCUCUGGCGAAAAUUUUAGAGGAGACAGAACCGAAAAAUGUUUGGUUAAAAAACACGCUGAGUGCUCUGGGCAUUUGUGCGGCUGGGACCGUUGGUUGGGUCAUUGCCUGGAAAUCGGGAGUAUGGGUUCCCAUCGCUGAGGCUAAGCCUGGAGACACGGAAAAUGCUGCAUUUGGAGCGACGAUACUGGGGUAUAUCAGUGCUGCUUGUUAUCUUGGUGCGAGAAUACCCCAGAUAGUGAAAAAUUAUAAGGACAAAUCCUGUGAAGGCCUUUCUUUACUGUUUUUUAUAUUCUCCUUGUUGGGCAAUUCAUCAUACGGCGCUGGUAUCUUAUUUCAUUCAACAGAAAAAAAGUAUUUCAUGAAAAAUCUUCCCUGGCUUAUUGGGUCAUUGGGAACCUUGGCGGAGGAUAUUGCAAUCUUCGUACAGUUUCGAAUCUAUGCAAAUAGGGAGGGUGCAUCGGCGAUCGUAUAG